AUGUCUCAAGAAUUUCCAUCUGCCGCAUAUACAUCAGCUCAAGAAAAAUGGCUGGGCCGCGAUCAUCUGAUUACUCCAACGAUUCGAAAAGUUUUUGGAGAUGUUUUGACUGAUAAAACUGUUUUGGAUAUUGGUUGUGGAAAUGGUAUGAUUUUUAAAAUCAAUUAUUUUGUUAAUAAUUAAUUUUUUCAGGUCAUUAUUCAUUCGAUUUUUGUCGUUGGGGUGCUUCUCGUGUUGUGGGAAUCGAUAAAUCGACAGAAAUGAUUGAACUUUGCAAAAAAUCAAUAGAAAAUGAAUCAAUUGCAAAAAAUACAAUUCGAUUCGAAGUUGCUGAUAUUACAAAUUUCCACAUAAAUUCACAAUUUCAAAUUGCAACAGCAUUUUUUGUUCUUCAAUUUAUUCAUGAUAAAUCAGAGCUGGAAAAAGCGAUCAAAAAUAUUUCAAAUCAUUUGAAAAGUGGCGGAAUAUUUUAUGGAUUGGUGCCAAAUGGAGUUGAAGGAAUUAAUGGACCACAAAAUAUGGGACAGCUUUUUAGGUGAUUUUUUGUGUUGAAAAUUGGAUUGGAAUUUUUCCAAAAUGGCACGUCAAAGUUCGCGUCUUGAUGUAUUACUAGAAAAUUUUCAUUUUUAAAAACCAUUCAAAAUCAGAUCUGGAACAACAUUUUGAAAAUCACAUACAUUUUUCAAAAUACAGUUGUCAAAUUUCUAAUAUUGAUUCUGUUAACCAAAACUCAAUUGUUCAAAAUUUAGAAAGUUCUUCAAAAUAUUUAUUUCCAGGUGCUUCAAUCGACAAAUCUCCAAGUUCUGCUUUCAUCGAUGGCGAAUUAGUCAACAUCAAUUUCUACGACAAAAACGAGAUCUGUGGAAAUGCUCAAAUUGCCCUACAUUCUCGCGAUUUCUACAAUCAAUGUUUUAAAAAUUCGGGUUUUUCGGAAAUCGAAUGGAUUUCUCCAAUUUUCAGCGAUUACGGUAGACAAGUUCUCGGCGAUCAAUUUUGUGAUCAAUUUCUCAAUCCACCAGUUGAUAUUAUGUUUAAAGUUGUCAAAAAAUAA